GGCAAGGCCGGCGAGUGCGUGCAAGGCGGGGAGUGGCAGCUUCAAGAACACGAGCCAGACGGCCUCAGCUACAGCGUGGCGUGGCAGCCUUCAGCGGACGGGCAGUGGAAGCCGCGCACAGGCGGACCCUGUGCGUGCGAGAAGAGAGAGAGGGAGAGAUAGAGAGAGAGAAACAAAGAGAGAGAGAGAGAGAGAGAGAGAGAGAGCAGUGCGAGAGAGACGGGCAGUGGCAGCAGAAGGCGAAGAUCCAAGCCACUGGGAUCAGCGAGCGCGAAAAGUGGGAGGCGAAGGUAGAGCCCGACGCCAUCUGCUACGGCGCUGGGAUCAGGGCAUGCGAGAAGAAAGCAGAGGCGAAGCAAGAGCCCAAUAUCCCUAGCCCUAGCUACUCCUCGUCCCGCCUCGUCGCCACGGCUGGAUCCGAGAAAGCGAGCUGGGCCAUGUGGGAGGCCAGGGCCGCGAUCGCAGACGAGUGGCUGGCGGGAGGCGAAGUGAUGGAGCCGAAGCGGAAGGGGGCGAUCAAGUCGAAGCCCGCCGCCAUCAUCAGGUACAACGCAGGGAGCGAGGCCAGCGACAGACGGUGGCUGAAACGGAAGUUUGACAAGAGAAGUGUGAGAAGUGCAGCGGACGAUUGUGAGAUCAUGUGA